AUGGCGCCGAAAGAGCGAUCCACCGGUGCCGGAAAACCUAACGGCCACCCCGCCGGACUUGGUGUUAGUGUUGGUGCGAAAGAGCCGCAUUUUAGAGGAGUUAGGAAACGGCCAUGGGGGAGGUACGCCGCUGAGAUCCGUGAUCCGGGGAAGAAAAGCCGUGUGUGGUUGGGAACUUUUGAUACGGCGGAGGAGGCUGCUAGGGCUUACGACGCGGCGGCGCGUGAGUUUCGUGGUGCUAAAGCCAAGACUAAUUUUCCGACACAUGAUGAUCUUGGUUUGUUGAAGCUACAAACGUGUCCGAAUCAGCGGAGCCCGAGUCAGACCAGUACGGUUGAAUCGUCGAGUCGCGACCCUGAACCGGUGGUUCCGCUUUUGGAUCUCAACCUGUCGUACGGUAGCCCUCCUCCCUUCGUAGUCCAGUUUCCCUACAACCACCACCACCACCAUAAUCAUAACCAACCCCGGUUCUCCACCGUCCCCGGUGCCGGCUUUUAUUCGCCGCCGGCGAACCAGAUGUUUUAUUUCAACGGAGGAUCCAAACCAUCUGCUCGCCACAUAACCAAUUGCGACAGAUCGUCGGUCAUUUUCCGGCAGUCUGCUAGUGUUGCGAAGAGCGACGACUCUGCGUCAUCAUCAGUUGUUGACUUGAAGCCGUCGCCUCCAGCUCGACGCGUCGGCGUCACAAUCGAUCUCAACUUUCCACCGCCGGUGGAUUCUUGA